CCAGACAGCACUGCCGGAUGUUUUUAGGUGAGUGAGGCAAAAAUAGCUCUGACCAUGUCUCUGGCUGUGACCAAGCCCCUCUCCGCUUGGCUCUGUCAAUCAAAGGCCCGAACAAGAUGGCAGGCUGCUGCGGGAGCUGGCUCUUCUUUUUAACAGUUUGUGCUGUCAGUCUGCUCGGGGCCAAAGCGGAGAUCAAAUUGACCGUUCCUGUGGGGAGGUUAUUCACAUACCAGCUGUUGAGAGAGACUUUCCAGAACGACAUUGAACCUCGGUCAAAACUCUACGCUAUCCAUGAUGACCCCAUGAUUUUUAAAUGCAACAGGCAGAAUUUCCCAGACCUACCCGAGUGGCUGCGCUUCACCCAAAGGCACCCCUUGGAUAAUGGCUUCCUGUACGGAACGCCAAUGUCCCCGGGGAAAAGUAUAAUAGAGGUCUAUGCCAUCAACAAACGGAGCUAUGAUACAACCAGACAAAUAUUUGUAAUCAAAGCCGUUGCAGAGAAGAUGAUUCCCUAUCAGGCCGAGUUCUUCCUCAAGCUGAGGGAGAUUGAGAAGGUGCUGCCCUCUACUGUUCAGGGGGAGAUACAGCAGGAUCUGCAGAAGCUGUGGAAGACUGAGGACUUGGAAAUCGUCAACAUUUCAAACGCUCUGGACCGUGGCGGCAGAGUCCCUCUACCUCUGGCAGGACACUUUGAAGGUGUGUAUGUGAAGGUGGGGUCUCAGAAGUACUUCUCCCGCUGUCUCCUGGGGACGCUGACAGCCGAGUACGAGAAGCAGUGCACAGCAGGAGCCAAAGUCAAAGUCCCCGGAGAAUGUAACUUCUGCAGCAUCCCCAGCAACUGUAUCAGCUGGUGCAAGAUUGAGCUGUUUGAUCUGACUAAACAGGAGCCGGCUCCCCCUGCUCCCACUAUGGGCUCGGGGAUCCUGGAGGACGGGGGCGACUUCGACCCCCCCGAGUCUCCCCUGAGCAGAGACUACUUCCCCGACUACAUCGUGACAGUGAUCGUGCCCCUGAUCCUCGCCGUCAUCCUGUUCCUCAUGCUGGCCUACAUCAUGUUCGGCAGACGAGAGGGAGUUAUGAAAAGGAAUGCAAAAACAAACGAGAUCCAGCUGUACCACCACAACACCAUUCUCGAGAACACCGACGAGCUGAGGAACAUGGCAGCAAACCGCCGUCUACCUCCACCCCUGUCCACGCUGCCCAUGUUUAACUACAGGACCGGGGAGGAGGCACCACCUCUGCAGUCUGACAGCCCCAACAUCCCCCUCAUCAUGGCCCAGCACGAUCCUUACAGUGACACCCUGCCCAGGAAAUGAGAAGCAGUUGCUUGCUAUUGAAGCCCGAAGCUGACAUGCAGCCAUUCAUUAUAUUUACUCUGUUUUUCUGUGAUAAAGAGUCGUUUCUGGUUGUUUUCUCCAGAUCUAGACGUAUUUAUCUUGUGUCUUUAGAGUUGCAAAGGCCCAAAAUAAACAGAAACAGGCAAAACGUAUUAAUAGUGUGGGGAAAUGGUAACUUAAAGGUCACAUAUUCUCCUCAUUUUCAACCAGUUUAAAUAAGUCUCAGAGCUCCCCAAAACAUCUCUGUGAAGUGUCUUGUUCUAAAUCCACUCUGAUCCUGUAUUUGAUCAUGCCUAUAAACGCCUCUAUUUCAGCCCUGCUCAAAACAGGCUGUUUCUGUGUCUGUACCUUUAAAUAUGUAAAUGAGCGGUGUUUGACCACACCCCCUCUGAAAAGCGUUGGGUGGCUUGGACAUGAUUGCACCAUGCCCAAUUAUUUUUUUUCUUUGAGAAUUCAGACUCAGAGGGUCAGAACAAACACCUAGCUGUGGGAGUGUCACCCACCUGGGGGAGGGGUUACUGCCCUUUGUGAUGUCACAAAGGGAAAAUCUCCAAACGGCCUGUUUGAGCACACAUUAUCUGAAAAGUGGAGCAGGUGAAAGAUAGAGAGGAUGGACGUUUCUCAUAAUUGGUGGGUUUAUAGAAAGACAAGAGACACAUAUGGCUAGUGUAUUUUGCAUAAUAUGUGACCUUUAAAGAAAGUGACCAGCCUAUUGUUGUGUUGUCUAGUUCGUCUGAUAAUGAUCCCAUUAUCUUAAAAAAAAGCUUUGUUAUCUAGAAAUAAUGAGAAAAGUAAGUUGAGAUCUUGAGAAAACAACUUACAGAAAAGUACUUGUUAUCACGGAAAAUAAAAUGUGAGGAUGUAUGUCCCUUUAGGGCUUCUGUAGUUCGCUGCCACAGUCUAUGGUUAUAUAUUUGCAGUGGUAAAUUCUAUAUAUAUAUUUUUCUUUUUACUAUACAAAGUGCAAUUAUGAUCGACUAAUCGUGUGUAGUUCGUCAGAUUGUUGUCUGCCGUUAUUUCUCACCGCCUUUCAUGAAUAAUAAAAUAUAUCAAAGGCCAUAUU